CCACAAGAGUUUAAACGAUCAAAUCACGACGGAAUAUAAAUGACACGAAGUAAUUGUAACGAUAAACAAACGCGGUUCCGGGGGUUCGCUGCAGCGGAGGGUGAACGUGUUUUAUUCAUCGUUUAAUUAUUUAUGCGCUUUUAUACUGGAGCCUGUGCGCGCGCAACCGCGCCCGCGCUCGUGCCCGCGGCUGUAUUAUUGUCAUCUCGGUUUGUUUCAUUUCUAACGGAUUCGGUUCGGUUCAGGUUCUGUUCACACGCAGGACUGUGUCUGCUUCCAGAUGUCUCUGGUGGAUUUAGGGAAGAAGCUCCUGGAAGCUGCUCGGGCCGGUCAGGAUGAUGAGGUCCGGAUUCUGAUGGCCAACGGAGCUCCGUUCACCACUGACUGGCUGGGCACGUCUCCUCUCCACCUGUCUGCUCAGUUCGGUCACUACUCCACCACUGAGGUGCUCCUGCGUGCCGGAGUGAGUCGAGACGCCCGCACUAAGGUGGACCGGACGCCGCUGCACAUGGCCGCCUCUGAGGGUCACACUCGUAUCGUGGAGCUGCUGCUGAAGCACGGCGCCGACGUGAACGCCAAGGACAUGCUGAAGAUGAGCGCUCUGCACUGGGCCGUGGAGCACAGCCACAGAGACGUGGUGGAGCUGCUGCUGCGCUUCGGAGCCGACGUCCACUCACUGAGCAAGUUCUGCAAGAACGCCCUGGACAUCGCGCUGGACAACAGCAGCCACGAGCUGGCCGAGAUCCUGCAGGUAGCGAUGCAGAACCAGAUCAACACUAACCCGGAGAGUCCAGACACGCUGACCAUCCACACGGCUCCGCAGUUCAUCAUCGGCCCGGGAGGAGUGGUCAACCUCGCUGGACUCGUCUCGCCCGCCAGCAGCGGCAAGUCCACAGUCGUAGCUGCAGAGGAGUUAAUCACCGCAGACUCCGUCGACGGUGCCAUACAGCAGGUCGUGAGCUCCGGAGGUCAACAGGUCAUCACCAUAGUAACCGAUGGCAUUCAGCUGGGCAACCUGCAGACGGGCACCGGCAUCAGCCAGCCCAUAAUAGUCACCAUGCCUGAUGGGCAACAGGUGCUGACAGUGUCGGACACAGAGGUGGCAGAGGAGACGGUGAUCAGCGAGGAGCCGUGUGUUAAGCGUCAGCGCGUGAAGGAGGAAGACGACGAUCAGACAGAAACACAAGACGCUCAGAUCCAGCAGACGCUCUCGCUCGAGGACUUCCAGGAGAAAGUGUCUCUUCUGAAGCAGCUGGAGGAGGCGAACCGCGAGGCUCAGAAAUACAGACAGCAGUUCCUGAAGAAGGAGCAGGAGGCCGAGGCGUACAGACAGAAGCUGGAGGCCAUCACGCGGCAGAGCGCCAAGAAAGCUGCGUGAAAACACGCCGGACAUCCGCUUCUGUGACUGAAUCCUCAUCGUUCAUCUCCUUCAUGAAGCGCCUCAGCUGUGGUGCUCGUGUGGCCGACACGGGUUCGAUUCUGACCCACAUCCCACCUUCACCAGCCUUUCAAUAAAGAGACAAAAACUCCUCAAAACCCGAACGAGGGAUGUGUGAUUGUAGAGUAAUGUCGGAUUUCUAGAUGCACAGUAAAAAACAGAGUUGAGAAAACGUAAACGUUUAAGCAGGCAACCAGCUUCAGGAGACUCCUGAGUUUUCGAGAAAAACCUUAACCUUAGAUUUUUUUGACCUGCAGGUCGCGUCUGAUCGAAUUCAUCACCGAAUAUCAGCAUGUUUCUAGUGUCCUCCUGCUCGCUGUUUGUGAUGCAUUUUCCAGGAUUUCUGUCAUAAAGAUUCUUAUUUUUAAAAGACA